CAUUCAGUAUGUGGACUGUUUAAGAGUUAACUGAAAAAAAAGAAAAAAGAAGUCGAUUUCUGUUUUACACGUGCGUCUGGAGGCCACUUAUGCUCUGCACUUUCGUAUCAACGUUGUGUUUUUCUUUUUUGUGUAGUUCCGUUUGGUGGUGAAGACGGCACUAAAGCUGCUGCUGGUGUUUGUGGAGUACACGGAGUCCAACGCCGCCCUGCUCAUAAAAGCUGUUAACGUUGUGGAUGGCAAGAGAGAGGCAAAACCGUGGUCAAAUCUCAUGGAGAUCCUUGAUGAGAAGGAUGGAGUGGACACAGAGCUGCUGGUAUACGCGAUGACACUCAUCAAUAAGACUCUGGCAGGUCUCCCAGACCAGGACUCCUACUAUGACAUGGUGGACUGUCUGGAGGAGCAGGGCAUAGAAUUCGUGGCCCAGAGACACGUGAACAGGAAGGGCACAGACCUGGACCUCGUCGAACAGUUCAACAUCUACGAAAUGACAUUGCGCCAUGAGGAUGGUGAUGAAGUACAGCUUCCCCCCAGCAGCAGAAAGGAUCGCCGACGGGCUAGCGUCGGUGGCACCAAUGAAAGGCGGGGCCUGGAGAGAAGACGCAGUCGGAGACAUUCGCUCCAGAACAGAAGCCACUCUUCUGCCCCAGCAUCUCCCAGCAGGUCACAUACUCAUGCUAGUAGCUUCCUGCCCUUUGAUGGUCAAGGGGUUGAAGACAUCAGUGAAAGAGAAGAGGACGAGGAGGAAGAAGCAGAGGAGGAGGGAGAGGAGGAGGAGGAGGAGGCAGAUGACGAAAGUCAUCCAGUCACUGAGUCCUCUAGACAGGGCGCUUGCAGUGUGGCUCCAGCUGUAGCAGACACUCCUAGUAUGUGCUUGAGCUUAAAGUGUAUGGCCAACAUCCUUCCUAAAGCCAGUGACCCUGAAGGGCAGAGAGAAUAUGUCAGCGUCAAGACCAGGACAUCUUCUCCUGUGUCCGUCGCACCUGAAAAGGGGACCUUUAGUCCUUGUUCGACAGAAACAAACAACCCUCCCACACGUUACACAGCUAGAAAGCCUUGCUGGUCUGAAAGGAUCAGUGCCAAUGGCACUGUGUACCCUGGCAGACACCAGGCUCCUACAUCACCCAUUCAUCGCUUCCCCAGUUCAGCAGCCUCCACACCAGACUCCCAACCAGACAGACCCACUUUAGGGGGCUUGCUCACUUCAUCGUACAGACAGCAUCAAGAAUCACUGGCUGCAGAGAGAGAGCGGAGGCGCCUGGAACGAGAGGAGCGUCUGCAGAGAAUCGAAAGAGAAGAGAGGAAUCGGUUCAAUCGCGAUUAUGUGGACAAAAGGGAAGAAGCAAGACAAGCGCGGGAGGAAAGGUACAAGGCUGUGGAGAGACUCGCCGCAGAGGAAUUUGAGCGCGAGCGACCCAGAAUGCCAACAAGAGGACGGACAGAAAUUACGUUGUGUUUGAGUUCCAACCCCGCCAGCCGCGCAGCGUCACGCUGUGCCACACCUUCACCCAUCACCUUACAGGAAAACACUGUUAAUGCUGCACAACAAACAUCGAGAACAGAACACGUCUCAGAGCCAAACCUUGACCCACAAACCAGAAACAAAAGUCCAGCGCCAGAAUUAACAGUAUCCGCAUCUGCCCCCACACCUCCCUCUGAGCCUGAACAGCAGCAGACUGAGACAGAGUCGCAUGCCGAGACAGAACAUGUUGCUGAGUCUCAUCAGAAUGUCGUGACAGAGCACGAGUCAGAUGAACAGUCAGGAAUGGAGAAAGAAGAAAGACAAGAGCAGGAGGAAGAGUGCAGGGAUGAGGCAGUGGACGAAGAGCAGGUAGAGGAAGUGGAGGGGCCUAAUGUCGAAGAGGUGGUAGAGCAUGAUGUAGAGGUAGAUGUAGAGCUGGAGGAGGAGGAGGAGGAGUGCGAGAGGGAGCAGACAGCAGAAAGAGACACGGAUGACAGUGUAAUGCUGAGUGAGAAGGAGAGACAGAAUGAGGAAGUGAAUGAAAAGGACAACUGCUCUGCGUCUAGCAUCUCCUCUACGAGUAGCACACUGGAGAGGGAGGAGCGGGAGGAGAAGCUCACAGGUGACAUUGACGCAGGCCAGUGGACGCAGUGCAUUAAAGACGCAGAUGUGAAUGACCAGUGCACCGAGAUCCUGAACAGCAAGCGCUUCAUGCUGGACAUGCUCUAUGCUCAGACAACAGCCAGCAAGGACGAGGAGCGUGUCGGAGAAACAGAGAAAGAAACAUGUAAAUGUGAGAAGGAGUCGGAGGUCAGUGACUUGUCUGUGGCCAGUUUGGCCAGCAGGAUCUCCACACUGGAGGCUCACAGACAGGCCAGAGAAGAAAAUGUGAAAAAAAUGGAGGUGGGACAUCUGGACAACCAGGGCAGUGUCCGCGCGGUGGCAGAGAAGUUUGGAGAUUUGGUCAAAGGCUUGACCUCUCCUCCCGAGGGGGAGGCCUCAAAAGAGCAGCAGACUGACAAAUCAUCAGCGACCACAGCCUCGUCUGGUUUACCCCCUAAGAAAGAGUCAGAUUAUAUCUGGGAUCAGCUCAUGGCCUCACCCAGGGAGCUGCGAAUCAAAGACAUUGACUUCACGGACCUGAGGGACGAUGAUGACUUGGACAUUUUAGAUAUGGACAAUAUGAUGGGAUCACGUGACCUGAUACCACCACCACCUCCUCCUCUUCUGUGUAACACCGCCCUGCCGCCACCCCCACCACUGUUUGGGUGCCCCCCGCCCCCUCCGAUGCUUGGCAAAAUGAUGCCACCGCCACCACCAUUCAUGCCCCCUAUACCUCCGCCCUCCCCUCACCUCAUUCGAGGGGAGGUGCCUCUCUUCCAAAAGAAGAAGAAGACCAUCCGUCUCUUCUGGAAUGAGGUGCGUCCAGUGGACUGGCAGUGCAAGAGCCAUAAAUUCUGUAAGGAGUCCCUCUGGUCCAAACUGGAGCCAAUUAAACUGGACACAUCCAAGCUGGAGCAGCUGUUUGAGUCCAAAUCCAAGGAGCUGCCUGUCACAAGGAAAGCAGCCGUCGAUGGGAAACGGCAAGAAAUCUUAGUCCUGGAUUCAAAACGAAGCAAUGCCAUUAACAUAGGUUUGACUGUCUUACCUCCUCCCCGCACCAUCAAGACUGCUAUUCUCAACUUCGAUGAGUAUGCACUAAACAAGGAGGGAAUUGAGAAAAUCCUGACCAUGAUCCCCACAGAGGAGGAGAAGCAGAGGAUCCAGGAAGCUCAGCUGGUCAACCCUGAUAUUCCCCUGGGCAGCGCUGAACAGUUCCUUCUCAUCCUCUCCUCCAUCACAGAGCUAUCUGCUCGCCUGCAGCUGUGGGCAUUCAAGAUGGAUUAUGAGCUUAUUGAAAAGGAAGUGGCAGAGCCUCUUCAGGACCUGAAGGAAGGGAUGGACCAGUUAGAGAAAAACAGCACACUCCGCCACAUCUUGACCACACUGCUGGCUAUUGGCAAUUUCCUCAACGGCACCAAUGCUAAAGGCUUUGAGCUGAGCUACUUGGAGAAAGUGCCAGAAGUGAAGGACACCGUCCAUAAGCAGUCUCUGCUGCACCACACCUGCUCCUUUGUGGUCGAGAAGUUUCCAGACAGCACUGAUCUCUACUCUGAGAUAGGAGCCAUCACCCGCUUGACAAAGGUGGACUUUGACCAGCUUCAAGACAAUUUGGCCCAGAUGGAGCGACGGUGCAAAGCAUCAUGGGAUCACCUCAAAGUCAUAGCAAAGCACGAGAUGAAGCCAGCGUUGAAACAAAAGAUGUCCGACUUCCUCAAAGACUGUGCCGAGAGGAUCAUUAUCCUCAAGAUCGUACAUCGACGGAUUAUCAACAGGUUUCACGCCUUCCUGCUGUUCCUGGGCCAUCCGAUAUACGCUGUGCGGGAGGUCAGCAUUCACCGCUUCAGCAAGAUCCUGAGUGAGUUCGCCCUGGAGUAUCGUACGACAAGAGAGCGCGUGCUGCAGCAGAAACAGAAGAGGGCCAACCACCGGGAGAGGAACAAGACCAGGGGGAAAAUGAUAACAGAUAGUGGUAAAUUUGGCAGCUCCCCACAGGAAAGCCAGCCUCAGGGUAUCCAGUAUGCUGAAGACGCAGCCGAACAUGAGAACAUGAAGGCCGUUCUGAAGAGCAGCCUGCAGUGCGGGGAGGGCAGCACGUCCACAGUGCCGGGCCUCAGAACACGCACCAGAGCUGGCAGCGCCAGAGGGCGCGCUCCGCCGUGGUGCUCGGCCAGUGGUGACCCGGUGACCUGUGCGGAUGACACAGCAGAUGAGAUCAUGGAGAGGAUCGUCAGGUCAGCCACUCAGGGGCCCAGCCAGCGGACACAGCCUCGAGAGAGGAGACGGUCCCGCGUCAACCGAAAAUCACGAUUAAUUUUUGUUCCCGACUGUGCAGUGAGGAGGACACUGAAGAAUGGUUUGACCACAGAGGAGGCCAGCGCUCUUGGCUUCUCCAGUGGGACAGAGAUGCAGGUAUGAGCUGGGCCUGGAUCCCGUUGGGACAUUUAAGACGUCUGGAAUCCCCUUUUUACUGCCCCCCCUCCAUUUUGCCUACAUCCAACACGGCGACCCCACUGCAAUCUGACUCGGCACUCAUCCCUCCCUUUCAGCUUUCGAUGAGUUCAUCUCGUUUUUAUGCGUUUUAGUUGACGUAGGCUUGACGCAGAAGUGCUUCUUGAAGAGAGCGGAUUAAAAAAAAAAAGAAAGAAAAAAAAAAGCUGAGCAAGAUUUUAUUCACAAACUGAACUACGGGGGCACAGAGAGCUGACACCGACCGACGCAUUCAAGCCACUCGGCUUUGCUGACCAUCGUCCUUUGAAUGUGACGUGUAUUCUCCUUAGUCGUCAGAAUUGUAAGCAGGGCGAGCGCUUCAAUCUCAGUGGCCUUGACUGAAUCAAGAGGGCUAAACAUGUGGUACAGGCUCUACUUGCAGCUUUCGUAUCAUAUUGAAUUGAAACGACAUUUCAUCUAUUGAAUAGAUGGCAUUGUGCAGAGUUAUUGUUCUAUACUACUGUGGUAGUUGUAUGUUUCUGUUCCAUUUUGCUCGAGAAGGUGCUCAAAUGAUAAUAAUUAAAAAAACAUAUAUAUAUAUAUAUAUAUAAUUGCACUGGAUGUGAAAGUAUCAAUGGAAUGUGAAAACCUUGACACUGACGAACCACUCCGACAUCUGCAUCUAAAACUUUACUCGACAGUUUUACCAGCAACUCACAACUACAGUAGCAGUUUUUAAAGUCUGAUCUAAAUCGUUUACCGGGUACAGAGGAAUUAAUCCGAGGGACUGAAUUACUAGUGAAACCCAUGUUUCGCACCAAUGCUCGCCACGUAAACAUUUCCAGCUUCAACAAACACAGACGAGUUACGUCACGUGACCUUUUCUCACUCAUGGACUGAACAGUUGGGGGAGAUUUUUUUUGGGUUGUGCGCGACGGCAACCUGCAGAAGUUACAGUACGCUGUUUUUACUUUCAAGAAGAUUUACGAGCUGCACAUUUCAGAGUGCCUUUCAGAGACCGUUAUUUAUUAAGACGUUUUCAGGGACAUAAUAAUAAUAAUAAUAAUAAUGAUAAUGAUAAAAAAGUCUGCAGUCUGCGAGGGGUGAAACAAUCAUAUUGCAACCAUCAAUGAGCUGUGAUUUAUUUUUAACCAGUGUUUUUUAAACUUGCCCUUGCAAGAAUUCCGGUUGUUUAUUUUACUUCCAGUGAUUUAUCGUUUGGAUCAAAUAGUUUAUGAAGAUAGCUUUUAAAGUAUUUAUGACAACUUAGGGAUGGUUAUGCACAUUAGUUGUAUCCUGUGGCCGAACUGUAGAACACGGGCAAUUUGUUAAUCCACUCAUGUCAAGUUCUCGGUAAAAUGCAAAAUAAAAAAAAAGUAGAGUCAGCCAUAAUGUGAUGUGUCAUUGGACUGGCAUCACUGGAGAUCACAGUUACAGGACAUGGAGAGUGUUCUUUCAUUAUUGAAUUAUGAAUGUAAACGUCAGAGGCUACACAAGCGGUAACAUCUCCAUGAUUUAUCAAUAUAAUAAAAACAUGUUAGUCCGUAUUGAAAUCGACAAUAAGGAGCCUGCAGUAACUCAACCUUUUAGAAUGGGAGUAUGUUCUUGAACUUUCGGUGAGCUCAUUGUGCUUGUUUUGGUUCAACUGUUAUGACCCUGGCUUCACCAGAACAACAGUUUGUGAGUUGCAAGUCAUUCUAUCCUAUUGUAAAUCUUCACUGUGAUGGAAACAUAGCCAUUGAGAGACAGGAAUCUGGCGCAUCACACGCUCAAACUACAUAAAACCACACCAGCAAUGCGUUUUUUGUUUUGUUUUGUGUUUCUUUUUACUGAAAACUAUUCAGCACCUUAGACACGAUGUGUAGCAUGCAACUAAGAACUGAAGUGACGAGAGAGGAGCUCAUUAUGUUUGCCAGAUUGUACUGACUUUUGUCUAGGAACACAACACAGUAGAACGUGUAAAGUAAUAUGGGAGAACGCUGUAAAAUAAUGUACAUGUCCUGAUAAUGUCUAUGUUCUUCUGUUUUUUUUGGUUUUUAAUGUUUUUGCUCCAUGUGUAGAAUAGUGUAUUAUAGACUAAACGCAGUAUUAUUCUAAAUAUAAUUUAAGCAAACCAGGCCAUGCAUGGUUUAUUAAAAUAAAAAAAAAAGCGUCACUUCUGCUCGAUAUAAAGGGAGAUUAACUUUGGUUGUAGGUUGAGGUGUAGGUUUUAUGUUUUUACCAGCUACUCCUGUGGAAUCUCGUAGAAGCCUUUUUUUUUUAUUGCAUUGCACUCAUUUCAUUCUAUUCAUGUAACGUUAGCCCCGCCACACACAUUGCUGCCGUUGCCAUUACAUCACUGUGGAGCUUGGAUACAAGCGCUAUACAACCAAGGCUUCUAUUGCAUCUGUGUCCACAGCAAAAACUAUGUAACAACUACAAUAAAAAGGCUUGAUAAAGCA